AUGUCUCCUCAGGGCGACAGAGGAGUAGACUCCAUGGUAGAUGGCGGACCUGGCCCUGAUGGUGACAACGGCAAAGAUGGGGCUCCCGGAACAUCGGGUCUUCCAGGCGCAGAUGGACCUGUUGGACCUCCUGGGGAUCCUGGUUUGCUUGGCGCACAAGGGCAAAAGGGUGAACCCGGUGAAGCUGGACCACUAGGAGAAAUUGGUGUGGGACCCGAUGGACUUGAUGGUCUUCCUGGUACAGACGGUCUUCCAGGCGAGCUCGGUAAAGUCGGACCCCCUGGAGCAAGGGGGAGGAGAGGUUCGGUUGGUCUUCCGGGUCCUCCGGGGCCAAGGGGACUUCCAGGCGUGUAUGAUGGUGAGGAUCUGUGCCCAAAUGCAUGCCCUUCUGGUCUGACUGGAUACUCUGGUCUCCCUGGCAUGAAAGGCCACAAAGGGGCUAAGGGUGAAUCUGGCGAGCCUGGAAAACAAGGACACAAGGGAUAUGAGGGUGACCAAGGAUCAUCAGGCGAAGUUGGAGCCCAAGGAUUACCAGGUCCAGGUGGUCCAAGAGGCAUCACAGGAAUAAUGGGUCCCCCAGGAGAAAGGGGGCUGCGUGGAAAGUCUGGUGAUUUGGGUCCUCAGGGAAUCCAGGGUGCCCCAGGUGAUGCAGGCCAAAGAGGAGCAGUUGGCGAGUCUGGGCCUAAGGGGUCACAAGGGGCUCAAGGCCCAUCUGGAAUCAGAGGAGUGCCGGGGCCCAAAGGGGAACCUGGACUUUCUGGUCCAGAUGGCCGUGAAGGAAUACCUGGGUUGCCCGGAUCCAAGGGUAUUCCAGGAAAAAACGGGGCUCCAGGUGAUGCCGGGCUCCAGGGGCUUCCUGGCUUGCCAGGUUCCUUUGGGCAAAAAGGUGUCAGCGGGGUAGAGGGCAACAGUGGUGACCCAGGGGUCGUAGGACAAAUGGGGUCUCCUGGAAAAUCAGGGGAGCGUGGUGAUCAAGGAGAGGUUGGACCUGUAGGACCAAGAGGUGGACCAGGUGAUCGAGGAGAAAGGGGUCCUGGUGGGCCUCCAGGAUCACCCGGAUCCAGAGGAGGUAAAGGAGAUCAAGGCCUUCCUGGUCUCCCAGGUCCUGCUGGUUAUCUGGGUCAGAAAGGAGACCGGGGUGCAGUUGGUCUUGACGGUCCUCAGGGAGAACAGGGGGACGCAGGGGCGGAGGGAACUCCAGGAGAUAAAGGAGACUUGGGUGAUCAAGGUGAACCAGGAGAAAAGGGAUCGACCGGCCCACCCGGAGAGACGGGAAACAAAGGACCGGAGGGUAGCCGUGGACAGAUGGGGAAAGAGGGCAAAUCGGGCCAACCGGGGCCACGUGGCAUGCAGGGCGACCGAGGAGUACCAGGACUACCAGGAGCGCAGGGACCAGCGGGUAAAUCACCAACAGAUUCACACAUCAAGCAAGUUUGCAUGAGGGUAAUGCAAGAGCAGCUGGCCCAGCUAGCAGCCAGCCUGAGUAGACCUGAUCUGGGCAUCACUGGGCUCCAAGGUCCCCCCGGCCCACCUGGACCCCCAGGCCCCUCCGGGGAGAAUGGGUUCCCUGGGCACAGUGGAGCAAGAGGAUUGCCCGGUCUCAAGGGACCGCCUGGUCUGAUUGGUCGCAAAGGACCCAAGGGUGACACUGGCGACCGAGGGGAGAGAGGACCCACAGCAAGAGGGCCCAAAGGAGAACCUGGAGCACCUGGUCUCCAAGGUGACCCCGGCAGAGCAGCCUACGGCACAGACGGACGUGACGGAGAGAGGGGGCCCCGUGGCGUUCCUGGUAUUGCCGGAGUUCCUGGGCCCCCCGGUCCUUCGGGCCAGAAUGGCUACUGUGAGUCGUCGCAGUGUGUCCUGGCCAUGGUGGCGUCACCGGUGUCCGCCAAAGACUCCGGGAUGAAGGGCCCGAGCGAGAUGUGA